CCCGGAAGCUGCCACCGCGCGGGGCGGGGAGGACCCGCCGGCGCUUCGGGGCGCUGGUACGGGGGCGCUUGCCCGGCGGCUGCCGCGGCCCCCCAAGCGUCUUCCCGGCUCCCGGCGCGGCCAUGCCGCGGAGCCUGCGGAGCUGGUUGGGCGGCUGCCUCCUGAUGUCAGCAUUAGGAAUGGUGCCACCUCCUGAAAGUGUCAGAAUGAAGUCAGUUAAUUUCAAGAACAUUCUACAGUGGGAGUUGCCUGCUUUUCCCAAAGGGAAUCUGACUUUCACAGCUCAGUACCAAAGUUACAGGAAAUUCCAAGAUAUAUGCGCAAGCACUGCCUUGACGGAAUGUGAUUUCUCAAGUCUUUCCAAGUAUGGUGAUCACACCUUGAGAGUCAGGGCCGAAUUUGCAGAUGAGCAUUCAGACUGGGUAAACAUCACCUUCUGUCCUGUGGAUGACACCAUGAUUGGACCACCUGGGAUACAAGUAGAAGCACUUGCUAAUUCUUUACAUAUGCGUUUCUUAGCCCCUAAAAUUGAGAAUGAACCUGAAACAUGGACCAUGAGGAAUAUUUAUAACUCAUGGGUUUAUAAUGUGCAAUAUUGGAAAAAUGGUUCUGAUGAAAAGUGGCCGAUGACCUGUCAAUAUGACUUUGAGGUCCUCAGGGAUCUUGAGCCGUGGACCACGUACUGUGUUCAAGUUCAAGGGUUCCUUCUGGAUCGGAACAAAACCGGGGAAUGGAGCAAGCCCGUGUGCGAGCCGACAGCCGACGAUGAGACGGCACCAUCCUGGACUGUCGCCGUGGUCCUGGCGGCGUCAGUGUGCGCUGCCUUCCUGCUGCUCGGCUGCUUGGCCCUGCUGCGGUGUCUGUACACGAAGACCAAGGACACUUUCUCCCCCGGGAACGGCCUGCCGCAGCACCUGAAAGAGUUUUUGGGCCGCCCUCAUCACAGUACACUUCUGCUCUUCUCCUUCCCGCCCUCCGAUGAGAAUGAAGUCUUUGACAAACUUAGUGUCGUUACACAAGUCUCCGAAAGCAGCCGGCAGAAUCCUGGUGAUGCCUGCACCCCCAGGGCCCCGUCUGGGCAGGGGUCCUCCGAGCUGGUCCCCGAGGAGGGAGCAUACUCAGUGGGGUACAGCACCCCCCUCCUUCUCUCGCCUACCUCUGAGGGUCAUCAGAGUGGGAAGCCACCUGAGCAAACCCCACAUCUAGAACUCUCAGAUUCCAGGACAACAUCUCAACAACCAAAGAGCUAGGUUUUAAAGGCUCGCUUGGCAAACACACUCCACGGUGGGUAUGUGCUGCUUUAUAAAGGCCUCAAUGAUUUAAAUUAUAUAUAUAUUGUUGAUCACUUGGGAGUCUACUUUUCAGCCUCUUCUGCUCACUAAUAUAAGGAACAAGUUUUAAUUAGAAGAAACAAAAACACUUAAAAUGAGGAAUAAAAACUGAGAUGCUGUAAAAUCCAACCAGACGGCCAAUAGACAGAUCCAAAAAACAGCCUCAAGUCAAAAGUGGUCAGCGAUCUUUCUGGAUUCUCAGGGAUACUUGGACUGGAUUUAUUUUGCUACCUGUAUACGUUUUAUAUAGUGCUGGUGCUCUAAUAAAGUUUUAUUCUCUAUUUAAUAA